AUGGAUAUAAAUGGUCCGGCCAUGGGUGUGCGAGUUUCGCAAAUGACAGGCUCAACUUACAUUCCAUCAAGGAGGGAUUCUUUAAGCCACUCGUUAAACUCGGCAGCCCACGAAGCCACAGAGCCUUUGAUGUUUUCCAUGGUCCUUAGGUUAUGCACGGCUGAGCCCGAACCAACUACAAGAACUCCUUCUUUCUUGAGUCGAGCUAACGCCUUCCCCAUCUGGCAUACGGGAAUAUCAGCCUCAGGAUACAUGAGCAUGAGCGGGACCCACGCCCCGUGGUCCAGACCGCGCUUCUUGUCCACGUGGACCCGCUUGAACCCAGCUUCUUCAAGCAGUUUCUUAACCUUCACCGCCAGCUCAGGCGCUCCGGGUGCUGGUGUCGCAUACAAAAACGUGAAAGACGAGAAAACAGAACACAUCGAUCACCUGAUACAUGGGCUUGGGAAAGUUGUAGAAAUCGUAAAUAGCCCGUUAACGGCGUUGACCGUGGGCUCGGCGGUUUCCCAGUGGGCCGAGACCAUGAGAAUGGAGGUGGGCUUCUGGGCCAGCACCCUCUGCCGGAAAGAUUUGAGGAAGUGCCACGCCGGCAAGGAGUCGUCGAUCGCCAGCGUCGGCGAGCCGUGGGAGAUGUAG